AACAUCAUAUGAGGUGUCAAAUGCCAUUCAAAUGAACAGUGGAAACGUUUAGAAUACUCCCAGAGACUAUGACGAUUUUCGUUUGCAUCAAUUUCUUUAUUUAAGUGGACCAGUUGAUCAAAGUACCAUAAACAUAGAUUGCAACUCAAAUUUGAAGAAAUCAGAUGAGUGAAGCAAGCUCGAUACAAACAAAACGAAAUAGAAAACAUAACUGUACUGUGAAACUAAUCAAAACAGUUCGUCAAGUCACGUUUUUUAAGGUAAAAAAUGAAAACUUGUGGGUGGCAGUCUUUCGCAUUUCCGGUGUCUGGCAUGUUGGGUGGUGGAAUUUAAUUACAAGUGUCCAUUUAAUACAGGUUGGAAACAAUAGAAAUGACCAUUUCAGGUACUUUUUAGGUGUCCGCGUCCGCUUAAUAGAGGUGUCCGCUUAAUAAAGGUUUCAUUUAAAGUAAAUAAGGGAAAUAAAUUUGGGGACAUCGGAUACUGUCCGCUUAAUAGAGGGUGUCCGCUUAAUACGGUGUCCGCUUAAUACAGGUUUCACUGUAGUAGUAUAAAUGUCAUAAAAUGUAAUCGAUGGUAUUGUAGUUAUAAAACUCAAUAGUUACAGAUUUAAACAUUACUGUAAAUUAUGUAUACUUUUAAAAGUUAAAUACACAUUUCAUUCUCAGGCUUAUGCUGGGCAAAUCGAGCUGAGUGUUGUUAGCGUAAAAGUGGAAGUCGAGAUUAUGGCGUUUGAUGAUGUCCCCAAGAGGCGACGCGUACAGCAGAUACAGCAUCGGGUCGAGGACAGACCCCUAUGGAACUCUAAAGCGUAGAUAAUGAUAAUAAUAACAGUGCAUCAGGGAUCUUAAGCCGAGACGUUUUUGUGCAGUUGCACUUACAUUCUUCUUCUGAGGUUUUGCCUGAAUAUUCGAGCAAAGUGUCUUUAUUACCAGUAUUGUAAGAGAACAUAGAGGGGCAUUGAACUCCCGUGUUUUAGUUGCGAUUAAAAGUCAGUUUUGGGUUCUGAUAACUGCGCGAACGCUGAAGUUCAAAAGCUGUCUUCGCAAUUGCGUUUUUGGCUGCCGUCAACAUAAUUAAGGUCACAAGCAAAGAAACCUUCGAAGAGACACACAAAGCGGAUCAAAAUCCACCAAUCAUUUCUGUUCGUAGGAGAUCCGCUAAGAUGAUUGACGGCAGUGAAGAACGCAAACGUCAGUUGGCUUUUGAACUUCAGAAUUCACGUGUUUUUGAAAAGCGCAGUAAGGGGGAGUUUGGAAAAACCAAGGGUUGGUGAAAUUGGAAUUUUACUAAAAGACUUUUUCGGUUCUUUUUUAAUAGUGAAGUAAACUACAAGUGGUUUAUCUCACUGGUUAAUAACAAAAAGCACAUUUCCUUUUUUUUUUUUUUUUUUUUUACAAUUAGAACAACCUUUUUUUACUGAGUUAUUGGUUUAUUCUUUUGCAGAAACAAAAAUUACAAGGAUCAAAGAAGAGGGCGUGUUUCUCGUUUCAAGAUCAAGGUGGAUUGAGUGAGAUCAAAGCAAAGCUUUUUCAAUACCGGGGAAGAUUAUCGGUUUUGCGAGCGUGUCAAACGUUUCAAGAAUGUCUUAAAAAGAAGGAUUUCAUGCUCAUG